CUUCAUCCGAGGGUUAGUUGCAUGCAGACUUCUGUGACUCAUUCACAUGUGAUACAACAAUGAUAUGACGUUGUGAAUCCAUCAGAAAGCAUCUCAUUUCUCAUUCACCUCGUCGCCAUGUCUUUGAGAGAUGAUCGAGAUCCAAACUCAACAUCCCUGUACUUCCCCUCAACAUGUGGAAAGCACUGGCUGUUCUCGCUGUCCUUGGUGUAGCCCGGCUCACAUGGCUCAUCUACCGUCGCGCCGUCGUCAAGUCACCACUGCGCAAUCUCCCAGGUCCCCCGUCCAAGUCGUGGCGGACAGGCCACUUGUCGUUUCUGUACAAUCCCGCCGGGAUGUCCUGGCACCACGAUCUCACCCAGAACUACGGGAGCGUCGUCAAAAUCAACGGCAUCAUGGGGGACGAGCACUUGUAUGUUGCCGAUCCACUGGCGCUCCAUCAGAUCACGGUCAAGGAGCAGGACGUCUUUGAACAGACAAAGAUGUUCGUUCAGGGAAAUGGAGUCAUCUUCGGCGACGGUCUGCUCUCGACCGUGACUGACCACCAUCGGAACCAGCGUCGCAUCCUCAACCCGAUCUUCUCCAGCAAGAACAUGCGCGAGCUCUGUCCGGCUGUGUUUGAGGUCGCCAACAAAAUGGUCCAUCUCAUCAACGUCAAGACCAAAUCCGGCCCCGCCGAAAUGGACAUGCUCGAUCUCAUCAUGAGGACUGCGCUCGAGGUCAUCGGACAGGGUGGACUCGGCCACUCUUUCGAGGCGCUCGAGGAAGACCGCGAUCCCAACACCGCCUUCAGGACAGCACUACGAGGCCUGAUUCCGACCAUCUUCUCGCUGCAGAUCGAGCGCCAGAUCCUGCCGUUCAUCCUCAAGAUCGGCACACCUGGCUUCCGGCGCUGGCUCGUCGACGUCACACCCAGCCGCCGGCUGCACAAGCUGCGCGACAUCGUCGACGAGAUGCACAGCACGACGCUGGCGAUCUUCGAGUCCAAGAAGAAGGCGAUGCUGAUGGGCGACGAGAAGGUUCUGGAACAGGUCGGACACGGGCGCGACAUCGUCAGCAUUCUGAUGCGAGCCAUGCACGGCGCUUCGACGCAAGACGUGAUGCCCGACGCAGAAGUCCUGGCCCAGUUGACGACGCUCGUUUUCACAUCACACGACACAACUUCCUCGACGAUCGCCCACAUUCUCCACCUCCUCUGCAUCUAUCCCGACGUGCAAGACCGUCUCCGCGCCGAAAUCAAGGACGCACUGGACACCUGGGAGAGGGAGCACGGGAACCGCGAACUCGGAUACGACUUGCUGAUGGAGCUACCGUUCCUCGAGAACGUCUGCCGGGAGACGCUCCGACUGCAUGCCGCAGUGACCUUCAUGACCCGCACAGCCCGCUCCGCUUCUGUUCUCCCUCUGCUCUAUCCGCUGACCGGCACCGACGGCAGGACGAUCACCGAGAUUCCCGUCGCUGAGAACCAAAACGUGCACAUUGGGAUCGCAGCGGCGAAUCGCGACCCGAAGAUCUGGGGUCCCGACGCGAACGAGUGGAAACCUGAUCGGUGGGCAAACGGUGUGCCCAAGAGCGCGGCCACCGCCCAUCUGCCGAGCAUCUACGCUGGUACGAUGAGUUUCCUCGGCGGCGGGCGCGCCUGCAUCGGCAUCAAGUUCGCACAGUUGGAAAUGAAAGUGAUGAUCUGUGUUCUGCUCGACAACUUCCGGAUCAGUCUCCCGAAAGAAGAGAUCAUAUGGAAGCUGGCGAACAUCCAGAUGCCAUGGACUGAGGGUGCCGCGGGCCCAGCCAUGCCUUUGACGCUGCAACGUCUGUGACGUUUGGGAAUGAUUGCAUGAUUGUAGUAGAUUGUAGUGACCAUCACCUAUGUAGUUUUCCGUCCGAAAUCGAAAAACGAGGGAUCACAUGACACUGA